AGAGACUCCAAACUACUGCUGCUGGUUAAUAAAGAACUGAAUGAUUACAUCAUGAACCACCUGGUCAGCUUUCUGUCCCCAGAGUCAGAACAUGGAGAAAUUCAGUUAUUAUGCUCCAAAUAUCUGGAACAAACUCCCAGCUGUACAUCCAGACCACCACCCUCACCAUCUCCAUGAACUUGAGUGCGUCCGUGGCCCUCGGGAUGCUUUUCAUGCCCAAAGUCUACGUCAUCAUCUUACACCCGGAGCUCAACGUGCAAAAGAGGAAACGCUCCUUCAAGGCCGUCGCCACCGCCGCCACCAUGUCGUCCCGCCUCUCGCACAAAGCCAGCGACCGGCCCAACGGAGAGGCCAAGACCGAGCUGUGUGAGAACCUGAACCCCAACAGUCCGGCAGCAAAGAAGAAAUACGUGAGCUACAACGACCACGAGAUCUGAAGCCAUCGAGCGAGAGACUGAGAAACUGAGAACCAGGAAGAAGAGUAUGUUCCCGCCCUGCCGGCUGAAAACAAGGAAAGGGAGGAGAAGUUUAUGUUGUUUAUUUUUCUGGUAUCAUGUGCUUCAUUGCCCACCGCGGGCUUCCAGGAGCUGAAGCAAAGCCUGCUGGGACUUUCCUCUGGACUUUGAGCACAUUUACAAAGAGAGGCGAGCGAGCGGUUUGUUGUCGAAGGUAAAAAAAUAAAUCAUUGUGUCCGUGAUGCAGAGAAGGAACAUGGCGGACGUCUUCUCUCCGCCGUUGAUGUCAAACGAAGCCUCCUCUCGUCUUUAAACCGACUUCCUGUCCUCCCGAGUGUGGCUCUUUAUGGCUUAUAUGUUCUUUUUGGUUGUUGCUUUAAUUUCCUCUUUACGGUUUCUUUCAAGGCGAUGAUGGUUUGGACGUUGUUGAUGAGUCUAUUUUUGCUCUCUGCUUAUUGGAUGCACAUUGUUUUCUUAUUGAAGCCAUAUUCUCUGCUUUGAGAUUUCGAGGGCUUUGUCGCGCUACCAACAGGAGUCUGAUGUCUGCCACUGAAACGUCUCUGAAAGGCCCUGAAAACACAAAUACAACUCUGAUUAGCACAAGGGUUUUCCAAAGAUCUCUGCAAACCAUCUCUGUUUAAAGUCAGUAAGAAUUGAUGUUGAAACAUCGAUGAAAUUAAACCUUUCUUACUGUUAUUUGGGGACUUCUGUCAACAAUGCUAUUUGUACAAUGAUGUCUAUAGUCAACACUGAUGACUUUAGUCAACAAUGAUGACUUUAGUCAACAAUGAUGACUUUAGUCAACAAUGAUGACUUUAGUCAACAAUGUCUAUAGUCAACAACAAUGUCUAUAGUCAACAAUGUCUAUAGUCAACAACAAUGUCUAUAGUCAACAAUGAUGACUUUAGUAAACAAUGAUGACUUUAGUCAACAAUGUCUAUAGUCAACAACAAUGUCUAUAGUCAACAAUGUCUAUAGUCAACAAUGAUGACUUUAGUCAACAAUGAUGACUUUAGUCAACAAUGAUGACUUUAGUCAACAAUGAUGACUUUAGUCAACAAUGAUGACUUUAGUCAACAAUGAUGACUUUAGUCAACAAUGAUGACUUUAAUCAACAAUGAUGACUUUAGUCAACAAUGAUGACUUUAGUCAACAAUGAUGACUUUAGUCAACAAUGAUGACUUUAGUCAACAAUGAUGACUUUAGUCAACAAUGCAAUUUAUUCGGUUUUUUUAGACAUCUCAACUCAGAAAUAUUACGUAUUACAACUUAAACUCAACGGAGAUUUGAAGCCAUGUUUUCAGGGGCUUUAUCUUUGUGAUUCUGAAUGUGCAUGAGACCGGGAUGCCUCCGAACUUUUAGUGACUCUUUGAUUAAGUGACUGGGAAUGAGAUCUUUGUCUCAAAUACUGUAAUGCCUUUCCAAAAAAAAAAAAAAAAACGUCAGAGAUGUGCUUUCUGUUUAACGUUUCCAAAUAACUGACGUGGGGAAAUCAGAUUCCUUCAGCGGACACGAAGCAACAAAAAAAAGAAAAGGCCCUGGCAUGUUUCUGUUGGAGCUGUUUGAAAUGUUUGUGGUCCCAUGAUGGAAGCCCCCCCCCCCUCUUGUGUGGUCCCUACAUGACGACCUCUCAGUAUUUUGUGAUGAUGACGAUGAUGAAGAUGACCCUUAACUGUGUUGUUAAAGAGCCUCUGGGGGUCCGGACCUCGCUGGAUUCCCGGUGAUUCCCGGUCUGCUGAUCCAACUCAACGUGUUGAUGUCGAGGUUGUCAAUGCAUGCCUGAUAUGUUCGAUGUUGAAUCCGAUUUUAAAAAAAAUAAUAAUAACGAAGUCCUCACAACUCGGUUUGAUUCCACCUGUCUGCUCUGAACUGUACUGUUUUUCAUUUCCUUUCCGUUCCUUUAUUCCACUUUCUCUCACAGCAGAAUAUGGCUUUGAUUGGUUUCUUAUUUUCCUGGAAACUACGGGAAAUGGAGAAAAAAGAUGAAUAUAUAUUUAAAAAAAAAAAAAUACUUGUUUUAAAAAAGCCGGAAGCAUGUAUGUUUUCUACUGUUUGUACUCGGUAUAUUCAUGUUGCCCUUGCUGCUUAUGUGCCAAUGUUGUUGAGAGAUUUACAUUCGGCCACUCAUGCAACUAUUCUGUGGUGUUGUCCAAGAAUGUAUCAACAUGAAAUAAAAAACAUUUGGUUA